AUGGAUGAUGAUGUGGUGCAGCGUGUUUUCGAAGAAGGUGGUCGUGAUUACUAUCAACAACAACCCUCCACCUCUUCCUCUUCUUCCUCCAUCCUCCAGUCUCUACCUCUUCACGUGUCUUUUGAUCAUGGUUACUACUUGUUGGUAAAAUCUAUUCAAGAACUCAGAUCGAAGAAAGAGGGUAUUGUAACAGUUGCCAUUGGUGGUCCGAGUGGGUCCGGUAAAACAAGUUUAGCAGAGAAGGUAAUGUCUGUGCUUGGUUGUGCCGUUGUAUCAAUGGAGAACUAUCGCACUGGUGUUGAUGAUGGGAACGUUUUGGAUUCAAUUGAUUUUGAUCUCCUAGUUCAAAACCUUGAGGAUUUGAUAAAUGGUCAAGAUACAUCGACCCCAGUGUUCGAUUUCCAACUAAAAAGACGCAUUGGCUCUAAAGAGAUAAAGAGUACUUCAUCUGGGGUGGUGAUAGUUGAUGGUACCUAUGCGUUGCAUGCAAGAUUGCGCUCUUUGCUAGAUAUUCGAGUUGCAGUGGUUGGUGGUGUUCAUUUUAGUCUUCUUUCCAAAGUUCAAUAUGAUAUUGGAGAAUCUUGUUCGUUGGACUACCUCAUUGACAGCAUUUUUCCAUUGUUCAGAAAGCACAUUGAGCCAGAUCUUCAUCAUGCGCAGAUCCGAAUUAACAACAGUUUUGUUUCAUCAUUUAGAGAGCCAAUCUACAAGCUCAAAUGCAAAAGUGAGUCACAAGGUGAACAUUCAGCCUAUACUUUUCAUGGGAAGAAGGCACAGUUGGAUAAUUUCAUUGAGAUGUACCUAAGGCCUCCAUCUGCAAGUGAAGAAGCACGAAUAAAUGACUGGAUUAAGGUGCGACAAUCUGGUAUCAGAUACUAUCUCUCGCUCGGUGACCAAAGGAUUGUUGACAAGCAUUAUAUUAUUCGGCCAAAAGCUGAAUUUGAGGUCGGACGGAUGACUCUGGGUGGAUUGUUGGCUUUGGGAUAUAGUGUUGUAGUCAGUUAUAAACGGGCAUCUACGUCAGUAAGCGAUGGCAAUCUUUCAAUGUCUCUGGAAACAAUUGAUACUCUUGGCGAGACAUACAUGGUUUUAAGGGGCACAAAUAGGAAAACUGUUGGAGCAGAAGCAUCGAGGAUGGGUAUCAAUGGACCAUGGAUCACUAAAUCAUAUCUCGAAUUGAUUCUGGAGAGCAAAGGUGUACCACGCCUUAACACACCUCCACCUUUGUCUGAUAAAUCUUCGAUUGGCAAUCAGGAACGGUUGAUUGCUGCACCAAAGCCAGUCCGUGUCACUCCAAACCUUGUUAACCGGCUUGAUGAUUUAUCUCAACCAUGGACUCGAUCCCCAACCAAGCUGAAAAUGGAACCUGUAUUAGCGACAUGGCAUUUCAUCUCGUCAGAUCCUCCACAUGCUGAUGGCUCUGUCAUUGAUCCUCCUUCUUUCAGGGAUACCCUGCAGCUUGCUCCAAUGCCUGAUUCAUAUGACUUAGAUAGGGGCUUGCUUCUCUCUGUUCAAGCAAUACAGGCUUUGUUGGAGAACAAGGGUCUCCCAGUUAUAGUCGGAAUUGGCCAUGCAGAGUCUUGUUUUAAGAUGGCUACUCAUAGGAUGAUAGAGUGGGUUCCCAACCUUUCUGCUUUAGGAGAAGAGAAGCUCCGCAUUCAAAAGGAAGACUAUGACCCACCAUUUGAUGAGUCCUAG